GAAAAUGUAUAUAUUGCUGACAUCUAUAAGCAACAAUCAGGUGGUUGCAUGCAAAAUUUAAGCAAGAAAAGCAACAUAGACCAAUCAACUAACAGAAAAUGAAGUAUUUAUUUUGAAUGAAGGAUCCUUUUUUUGACGUUGAUGACACAACCAUAAGUUACAGUCUUACCUGGAAUUUGAUUAUGCAAUGCAACAUGUUUUCCAAAUUAUAGCAACUGAGAAGAUUGAGCACAUUCAAGAGAAAACAUGGGAAAAACUUAUGUAUGAGAAGUUAGUCAACAAGUUACCAGUACUUGAAGCCAGUUAAUAUGAAUAGAAUAUUCACUCUUUUCAAAAUUUGUUAAUGAUGAAGCUAGUGUACAAUUAUUUGAAUCAAGCAUAGCACCAACGUGAGGGACGAAGGAAACAUGUCAAAGAUUCCAAUAGCAUAUUUUUUGUUCACACCUUAGUUUUCUAAUCCAAAGAUGCCUCUCUUAAUCCAUUUCACACUUAUCUUUAGCUUUCAGUUCCCAAUUGGUUUGACUUUGUUGCAGCUGCAGGGUUUCUCCUAACGUUGCUUGUUUUAGCCAUCCCUAGCUAACCUCCUUCUUGGCCCCAUCCACACCGCCCAGACAAGCUCAAAGCGGUUUGGCUGCUGAGAUCACCGUCUCAUCUGGGUUCCUUCUUGUACAGCCUGUUAAUUUUAAUUUGGUCAACGAACCACGCUAUCAGGUUUCCACGUAAGGCCAGAGCCCAAGGUCCUCUCAUUCCAGGAACCUUAGUCACCUCGCUUCUUUCCUCUAUAAAUUCCGUGACCCUUCCAUGUUUAACAUCUCUUCUCCCUGAAAAUUUAUAGCAUUAAUAUAGAUACAAAUUAACUGAGAAACUACUGAAAAAAAAAAAAAAAACCAGUCAUGGGAAAUUGUAUUAGACACGAAAAGUCAUCUUGGGCUGAUAACGACGAGUGGGGAUCUUUGGUGUCAACUCACAGGCAAGGAACAGAUGAUGGUGAGAUUAGCAUUAUGGAGAAGGAGAAGUUUAUUGGUGGCAAGCGAGCUGCAAAUUCCAGAGUGCUGAAGAUAACCAUUUCAAAGAAGGAGCUCGAGAAAUUGGUACAGAAGGUGGACAUGCAGGGUUUGACUCUUGAACAAGUCCUGGCCAGGAUGGUUAAGGGUGGAAAUGUAUACGAGGAGGAGCACCACCGGUCAUGGAAGCCGGUGCUACAAAGUAUUCCGGAGGUGAACUAGUUAAUGAGUCGUAGAUGGUGCCAAUAUAUUCCAUGAAUUUCUUCAUCCUCAGUUUUCUGGGUUUGAUUGCCUUGAAAAAUGAAAACUAUAUUAGACUUGGAAAUAAUUUUGUUACGGUUAUUGUACAUAGAGACUAGGUCAUUCUGGAUUGUUGAUGUGUAUAUCCUGAACUCUGAUGCAUGAAAAUUUUCAGUAAUUAAUAAUAUUUAAACAUGUUGGUUUUAGAUUUUUUUUUUUUUUUUGUUUCCUGUUGGAGGGCUUGUUAUGCAUAGUUUUAGGCGAAUAAACAAUCAAAAAUUAGUAAAUUACCAUAUCAACUUCCACCCAAGUCCCAACUCAUUUUUUUGAAUUUGUAAAGGAAAUAUCUGAGAACAAGGGGUGUCUUUCGCAAUCGGAUACAAAGUCCCAAUGGAAAUAAGAACUCAAUGGUGGUUAAUGUUAAGAGUAAGGUGAUCAGGCGAGAACAGCGAUAAGAUCAAAAUAAGGCAAAAAAGCCCCGCCAAAUAUCUUAUUUAUGCCAACUGAGAGUUAAGACUAGGAUUCUGUGUGUAAGACGCGUAUUGAUGAUUGGUAGAGACCAACACUGGCAAACUUUUGAAAUAUUAGCAGCUAGCCACAGCUGCAACUACAUCUGAAAUACUCGGCAAAACCACCAGGGCAGGCCUCCUAUAUGUAUGUAUUUCCAUCGAUUCUAUGUUUUCCUCUCUCGUCAAAAGCAUCUUAUAUUAAUCAAUUCACUUCCCAAUGAUGAAUCCCUCUCAGCCUUCUUCCUCAAAUUUGAAAUCACCUGUCCUCUUCCAAAGAAUCUAUCAGAUAAGCUCCCUUUGACCUACCUGAUGACCUAAAUGUUCCAUUAAUUAGAACAACUCCCAUCAAAAGUCCAGCAAAUCAUUGCAAAAGAAACCAUUGAUGCAAAGGCCAAGGAUUCCCUUUAGAGAUACCAGUCUAUCCUCAUCCAAAGCUAUGCUGAUUUUGGUAUCCAACCCAUUGGAAUCCAUCCCCAAUAUCCAUUCCUCCAUUUGUACGCUAUCUCUUUCAUGGGUGUUACUUUCAAAAGAAUUCAUACUUUCUUAUGGUAUUUUUGCCAAAAUUAAACCAUUGCAAUGGAAUUUAAGAUUGCCAGGAAAAUAGAGAGAAACAGGAGAAGGGAGAGUUGAUUGAAUGGAAGUCGAUUUGUGAUUUAAUUGAGCUAAAAUUUUGUCAGCAGGUUUAUAAUUUAAAGUUCUACAUUAUGAACAGUAAAUAUCGGGUUUGAAGCCCUUU